GCCGAAUAAAAUAGUUCGAGCAGGUUGUUCCGAAAAUCAGUCGUUCGGUGGAUUUUACCGGUAUCGCACAUCCACAUAUCAGCGAUAGAGUAUAAUUCGCGAUGCGAGGUUUUUCCAUCGUCGUUGCGUGCCUCGUAAGUUUUGGCUGGGAUCAAAUUUUCGCGGCACGCGGUCCGAUUCAGGAGGCGUUCCAGAACGGCUUGGCCGCACAAUAUCGGCCGGAAGACUGCGUCUGGAGGAGAGAAUACGAGCACCGUUGUCCGGACCCCGACAUCCAUGUUUAUCUGCACAAACUCGGAAAGGAGAGAAUAGAGCUGCAACAAGGUUCCGAAGAGUCUCGCGAUUGGCUUAACAACGUCAAUUUCGAUCCAGGCCUGGACAAUGUAUUCCUGAUCCACGGAUUCAACGGAGGUGACGGUGUCAUGCCCACGGCAGUUCUGAGAGAUGCCUACGUCCGGAACGGAAGCUACAACGUCUUCGCCGUCGAUUGGGGUGCGAUGGUGAAGUCACCCUGUUACCCGGCAGCAGUUGCGAACAUUCGUUUCGUCGGCAGCUGCCUCGCCAAGGUCUUGACGAACCUUCGUGACCUAGGAAUGUCGGUGCCGAGGACAAGUUGCGUCGGUCACUCUUUGGGGGCGCAUCUUUGCGGCGUGAUAGCGAAUUAUCUGCCCUUUCGAUGGGAACGUAUCUUCGGUCUCGACCCUGCGAGACCGUUAAUAUCUCCAAGCCGAUUGAACAGGCUUGAUAUAACGGACGCUAAAUUUGUCUGCGCGGUACGCACCAAUACCGGUUACUACGGCGAUUCAUUGCCGGUAGGUCACGUCGACAUGUGCGCAAACGGUGGCAAAGCACAACCGUCUUGCUCGAGCGCCGGAAGGCCGGAGCUCUGCAGCCAUAAUUGGUCGCUGUGCUUCAUGGCUGACAGCCUCGACGGACGCAGUGAAUUGUACACCGAACCUUGCUCUGCACGGUGUCCACCGCUCCGUAGAAUCGGACCUAGGGGUAAGAAUUCGCUGGUUAUCGGACAUAACAUGCCCGACAAGACCAGGGGAACCUAUUGCGUGUCGACCGACGAUUUCCCUUAUUGUCCAAAGAGUGAUAACGACAGAGGCGACGAGAGAUGCUGUCACCUGUAAUUCGAGUAUAAUUUUGUUUUCGAAGACUAGAGCCAUGGAGACUAGGGUACAGGAGUCCGAUUUCUAUUGAA